AUGCGUUUGGAAAAGUGCUACUUUUGUUCCACCACAUGCUAUCCUGGCCAUGGUGUCAUGUUUGUUAGAAACGACUCAAAGACAUUCCGUUUUUGCAGUUCAAAAUGUCACAAAAACUUCAAAAUGAAGCGUAACCCACGAAAGGUCAAAUGGACCAAGGCAUUCAGACGGGCAGCUGGAAAGGAAAUGACUGUGGAUUCUACUCUCGAGUUUGAAAAGAGGAGAAAUAUUCCUGUUCGUUAUGAUCGUGAGCUUAUGGCCACUACCAUCAAGGCUAUGAAGCGAGUUCAGCAAAUCAAGUCUAAGCGAGAAAGAGUCUUCUUCAAGCAAAGAAUGACAGGAAAGAAGGAGCGUGAGAUGGCAGAAAGCUUGAAAUCACUGCACCAAAACAUUGAGCUUGUAGAUGCACCAGAGCUCAAGCAAAAGCUGAUGGAACAUAAAUUAGCCGAAACCCCCAUCCAAAAAGAUAUGGAGAUUGCUUAAUCUUGACAAUUGUUGUAUCAAAGAUAUAGCAAAAAGCUGACAGCAAUCUUACCAAGGACGUGAUCAGAUUGAACCAAGCUCUUUAAUGUUAAG